AUGAGUAACAUGACAACUUUGUCGCAAAAAAGAGAGGUCGAUUCCAUCAUCAGAGAUACCAUAGAUAAGGUUCUCGUCCUUCGCUUUGGUCGUGUCUCUGAUCCUAUCUGUCUCCACCUUGAUCAAAUUCUUUCAAAAGCCGAAAGAGAGGUGUCCAAGUUCGCAACUGUGGCAUUGGUUGAUGUUGACUCCCAGGACAUUCAAGUUUAUGUCAAAUAUUUUGACAUUAAUUUAAUUCCAUCUACGGUAUUUUUCUUCAAUGCUCAUCACAUGAAAAUGGAUUCUGGGACUGCAGAUCAUACUAAAUGGAUUGGUGUUUUUCACAAAAAACAAGACUUCAUUGAUGUGGUAGAGACAAUAUUUAGAGGAGCGAUGAAUGGAAAGCUCAUUGUGACUUGUCCUCUCCCGGCAGAAAGGAUACCAAAAUACCAAUUACUGUACAAAGAUGUCUAA